AUGGCCUCCGUCUUGGAGCUGGCGUGCAUCUACUCGGCCCUCAUCCUGCACGACGAUGAGGUGACAGUCACGGAGGGCUUGUUUGCAAAGGCUUUGGCCAAUGUCAACAUCGGGAUCCUCAUCCGCAAUGUGGGGGCAGGUGGACCUGCCCCAGCAGGAGGUCCCGCCCCAGCAGGAGGUCCCGCCCCCUCCAUCACUGCUGCCCCAGCUGAGGAGAAGAAAGCAGAAGCAAAGGAAGAAGAAUCUGGAGAGUCUCAUGAUGGCAUGUGCUUUGGUCUUUUUGACUAA